CAUUAAAGCGAGGAGAGAGGAGAGAGAGAGCGCACACAGCAUCGCGUCCUGUGGACUAAUGUCCCGUAUGUUAAUCAAGGUAUGUGGACUAAACAAGAAUAUACCGUAGAUCUUCGCUGAUGAAAGUAUAAGCUGGAUGAAUAGUUAGCUCAUAUUUAGACCAAGGCUGUGCCCAGAUCCUAGUACGGUUUUACAAGGAGCAGCGGCGAGUUCCAGAGGGUAAAGCUCAGGAUCACACGCGGCAUCGCGCUCAGCAUAAAGUUCCUCCAAAUCUCUGACUAUCGGAUAAAAUGUGUCUGUGGUGUUCUGUUGCACUUUUAGCUGCUUGUGUAUUCAGUGGAAGCGUCUCUGACGGUUUUGAAGCAGAAGACAUUGUGCCUGUGCGUUUAACGGGACGCACCGGGAGACGCGUAGCGAAAAGAAGCGAAGAUCAUCCGAGUUUCCACCUCACAGCUUUCGGGCGAAGUUUCACACUGAACCUUCAACCAGACCCCAGCUUUAUAUCCCCCUCUAUGCAAGUGUAUUAUAUCACAGCGAAUGACUUCUCUGUAGCCGAACCGCGAACCGGUGCAGAGAGACAGGUGUCAGUCUCUAACCUAACAGAGGCGGAUGGGAGUAAAACUGCAACAGCAGGAUCAGAACUGCGAGACUGCUUCUUUAAAGGAACUGUGAACUUUAAGGAGGAUUCAGUGGUGUCGGUCAGUCUCUGCCACGGCAUCGUGGGAUCCUUCAUUUCGGACGGAGACGAGUACCAAAUCCAGCCCAAGCGCUUGGGCACGCGAACGAACGCGAGCGCCACUGACCAGCCGCAUGUGAUCACAAGACAGCAACUGACCCAAACACUUCGAGACGCGAGCCACUCGCUUGCUCGAGCAGAUGGUGAAGGUUCCCCGGCGCCAGGGGAGCACAACAAGGUCGGCUCAGGCUCUUCCAGGCGCAGGCGCUUUGUCUCCGUGCCCAGAUUUAUCGAGACUCUGGUUGUGGCAGACGCUUCAGUGUCGAGCUUCUAUGGAGAAGACACAAAGCACUAUAUCUUGACCUUGCUGUCUGUGGCAUCUCAGAUAUACCAGCAUCCCAGCAUUAAAAACUCACUGAGCAUGGUGGUAGUGAAGUUGCUGAUAGUGGAAGACGAGGAAGUUGGACCAUCUGUCUCCAGUAAUGGAGGCUUGGCACUGCGUAAUUUCUGUUCUUGGCAGCAGCAAUUCAAUCCGUCCAGCCACUGGCAUCCUGAGCAUUACGACACUGCUCUGCUAUUCACUAGAGAGGACAUCUGUGGCCAUCAGAGCUGUGACACACUUGGCAUUGCUGAUGUGGGGACCAUGUGUGACCCUAAAAGGAGUUGUUCUGUUAUUGAAGACAACGGACUACAGGCAGCCUUCACAGUAGCUCAUGAAUUAGGACACGUGAUGAGCAUGCCUCAUGAUGACUCUAAAAACUGUGAGAGGUAUUUUGGAGAUCUCCCCAAGCACCAUGUUAUGGCUUCAGUUUAUAACAGUUUUAAAAAGAAGUCCCCCUGGUCCCCAUGCAGCGCAUUCUACAUCACUGAGUUCUUUGACAAUGGCCAUGGAGACUGCCUACUGGAUGCCCCUGAGAAGAUUUUGCCCUUGCCCACUGAGCUUCCUGGUGUGAUUUAUAACAUGAACCAGCAAUGCCAGCAGAUCUUUGGACAGAAUUUCUCACACUGUCAAAAUGCCUCUGCUGCUCAGGUGUGCAGCCAGCUAUGGUGCCAGGAGGAAGGCCAGUCUGUAUGUACCACCACCAAUGGGAGUUUACCCUGGGCAGAUGGGACAGAUUGUGCCCCUAACAGGAAGUGUUUAGAUGGAAUUUGUACUGCAUCUGAAGAGGUAAUGGAACCAAAGGAGGUGGUGAAUGGAGGCUGGGGAGAGUGGGGUGCAUGGAAGCCUUGUUCGCGCUCCUGUGGAGGAGGAGUAAUGUUCUCAUAUAGAGAGUGUGAUCAGCCAGCUCCACAGAACCAAGGAAAAUACUGUGAGGGACAGAGAGUUCAGUAUCGCUCUUGCAAUACGCAGGCCUGUGACACACCUCAUGGAAAGAGCUUCAGAGAAGAACAGUGUGAAAAGUAUAACAAUCCCAAUCACUUUGAUAUUCGUGGAAAAGUCAAGCAGUGGAUACCAAAAUAUGCUGGUGUAUCACCACGAGACAGAUGCAAACUCUUUUGUAGAGCUAGAGGCAGCAGUGAAUUCAGAGUGUUUGAAGCCAAGGUCAUUGAUGGAACAUCUUGCAGUCCAGAUUCCACAUCAAUCUGUGUCCAAGGCCAGUGCAUUAAGGCUGGCUGUGAUCUCCAGAUUGGCUCCAACAAGAAGCUUGAUAAGUGUGGUGUGUGUGGUGGGAAUGGCCUUAGUUGCAGGAAGAUAUCGGGCUCAUAUACUAAAGUCCUCCACGGGUACAGUGAUAUUGUUACAAUCCCAAUAGGCGCCACCAACAUUGACAUCAAGCAGCGAAGCCUCAAGGGCAAAAAACAUGAUGGAAACUACCUAGCCAUCAAAAGAGAAAAUGGGGAGUAUAUAUUGAAUGGCAACUUCUCUGUGUCCACGGUAGAACAGGACAUUUCAUCUAAUGGGGCUGUCCUCAAGUACAGUGGCUCAGCAAGCAUCUUGGAACGGAUUCAGAGCUUUCGCCAACUAAAGGAAGCCAUCACUAUCCAACUCCUAUCCACCACUACAGAGACGACCCCAGCAAAGGUCAAAUAUACAUUCUUUAUCCCCAAGGAGGUCCCCUUAAGUAAACCAAAAGAGGAAAAGUCAUCUGUUCAUCCUUUUGGUAUUCCACAGUGGGUGGUGGGAGAGUGGUCAGACUGUUCCAAAAGCUGUGGUUCAGGAUGGUCCCGGAGAACGGUUGAGUGCAAGGAUAAUGCUGACAUUUACUCUAACCACUGUGACAAAAUCCGUAGACCUGCAGACAUCAGGCCUUGUGCAGAUCUUCCCUGUCCCAUGUGGCAAAUAGGCCCAUGGUCUUCUUGUUCCCGAACAUGUGGUCAUGGUGAACGGCAUCGCAGUGUGGACUGCAUUGAUUUCACAGGGAAGGUUGUUGACACAGUAAAAUGUGAUUCUUUCAAGCAACCAAAGCCAGUAUUUGGAGAGUGUAUGUACCAGGAAUGUUAAUUCCUUUAGGCAGAAUUUAUACCUGUCCUGAAGAGCACAAGUCCAGCACAGUUUGGAUAUUCCCCUCAUAAUUAAUUCAUUAAUUUAGCCCACUUUUUAAUGCCUUGUUUAGUAGGUUUGUAUAAUCUGGUAGACACCAAACUGUGCUAGACUGCAGUCAUUUGGGAUCUAGUAGAAUUUCAUUAAAAUGACACACUACUAACCUCCUUGACAGGGCUUUAAAGAAAAGCAGGACAAACUUAGUUUUAGGAUGAAGAACUAAAUCAAUCUAAAGGACAAGGCCUCGGCCUGUUCAAAUAAAGUGCUGUUUCCAAGAUUUAUUUAAAACCACUAUUGCUUUAUUUAGAGAGAUGUAGAGAUCUACCUCAAUUGGAUAUGCUAUUUAAUCAGUGUCCUCCUAACUAGGUGUUUUCCCAUGCAGUGAUGCUGUAAAUCAAUUAAGCUUGAAUAAAUCAGCAUCCAGACAUGUUAACUUUGGGAUUCAUAUUGGACAAAGUCUUUUUUUUUUAAACGAUAGUUUUGACUGUCAAUAUAUGUCAUAUAACAGGAACAGUUCACCUACAACCAGUCAAAUAAAUGACAAGUAAAUGCAUUUUAGAUUAGUUGUUAUGCCAUUAUGUUCCUCUCUAUACAGAUGUUGUCUAAAGCUGGUAGGUUUUUGUAAUUUCAUCUAAGAAUAGUAAAAUCAUCACUUCCUUCUGUAGUAAUUUAAGCUAGGGAAUGAUUUAUUCAUGUAUGUGACAUGCAUUUACUGAACAUCUAUAUUAUUUGAGAUGAUACAAGCAUGUUUUUCUAAUAAAAAAAAAAUAAGUCAGAGCCUUCAACUAUUUUUUUGUUUUGUCACAUGAUGUAAACCUAAUAUGAGCAUUCCAGUUGUGUAUAUUACAUGUAUCAAACAUAUUGCAAAACAGUAAUGUAUAUUAUCCCUUCAGUGAAGGUUCAUGCUAUUUGAUUGUUGCAUAACAUCUUAAUAAAGUUAUUUAUUUUUUUUAAGUAUAUAUGUUUGAAAUGAACAAAAAAUAAA